GUUUUAGUGCUCCAAAGACUUUAAAGAAAGGAUCAAUGGAAUUAAAUUAUUAGCAUAACCAACAAUCUUGGAUCAAUUCAAAGACAAUUCAAGCACAAAAAGUCUGUGUUUUCUGAAGAAAAGGUCUCAGAUUGCAGUCAUCUUAUGUUUCUGCUCAGCAUGCAGUCUUCUUGACAAACUGCUAACUUUCUCGAGUUUGCUCGAAUGGCGAAAUUCACCGGAAUUCUCUUGUUUCUUGUUUGUUUGUCCGGUUUUCAUGUCUGUUUCGGAAACACAGAUCCUCAAGAUGUUGCUGCACUGAGAUCUUUGAUGGAACAGUGGCAGAACACACCAUCAGCAUGGGGACAAACAGAUGAUCCUUGUGGCACAGCUUGGCAAGGAAUCACCUGCACUGGUUCCAGAGUUGUUACACUUAUUCUAUCAAACCAGAAUAUCCAAGGAACACUGAGUGGAGACAUAGGACAACUAUCCCAGUUGCAAACUUUGGACUUGUCUCUUAAUGGAGGUCUAGGCGGCCCUCUUACGGAAAACAUCGGCAAUCUGAAACAGCUUACGAGUCUGAGUCUCCAAAAUUGCAGCUUCACUGGCAGCAUUCCGGGGGUAUUAGGCAGUUUAUCGAAACUCUCGUUCUUGGCUUUGAACUCGAACCAGUUCAGCGGAACAAUUCCUGCAUCCUUGGGUAAUCUCUCCAAUGUCUAUUGGCUGGACCUUUCCUAUAAUCAGUUAAGUGGGCAACUCCCAAUCUCGUCAGGCACAUCUCCGGGAUUGGACCUACUUGUUCAUACACAGCAUUUUCAUUUCAACCAAAACAAUCUAUCAGGAACCAUUCCAGAAAAACUUUUCAGUUCUCAGAUGCAACUGAUACACAUACUUUUCGAUGGGAAUAAUUUUACCGGUGAGAUUCCAGCGAGUAUAGGUCUUGUGAAUUCGCUUGAAGCUCUUCGGCUUGAUAGGAAUGGCUUUUCGGGCCCAGUUCCUUCCUCCAUUGCCAAUCUUACAAACCUUCAUGAACUGAACUUAGCAAACAAUAAGUUAACCGGACUGAUGCCAAAUCUGACUGGAAUGAGCAGUCUCAAUUACGUAGAUUUGAGCAACAACACAUUUAAUCGUUCAGAAACUCCGCUAUGGUUCUCGACAUUGGAUACUCUUACUUCUCUAGUUGUAUCAUAUGGAAGACUCAGCGGACCAGUGCCGCAAAAAUUAUUCAGCCUCCCACAAAUACAACAAGUGAUACUAGACAACAACGAAUUCACCGGCACACUUGGCAUGGGCAGCAACAUCAGUUCUCACUUACAAACAGUGAACUUCGAAAACAAUAACAUCAGCUUAUUCACUCCACCUCCCAAUUUCCAUGGCAUCAUAAUGCUUCACGGAAAUGAAGUUUGUGAAACAGUGUCAGUGCUAAAGAAUACAAUAUACUGCAGUGAUCACCCACAAGCGCUGACACCAUACUCUACGAGUCUAGCAAGUUGUGGCUCUAGUUCAUGUUCUUCUGGUCUCAGUGUCAGACCUCUAAGUUGCAAUUGCGCUUGUCCAUUGACUGGAAUGCUGACCUUCAGAGCACCAUACUUCUCAGAUGUAACAAAUAGCACAGUGUUUCAAGAUCUAGAGAACCAACUAUGGCAAAAUCUUUCGCUCUCUCCUGGCUCAGUAUACCUUGAAAACCCAUUUUUUGAUGAAAACUCAUAUAUGCAAGUUCAAGUGAAGUUGUUCCCACCAACUGGAACCAGUUUCAAUCAAUCAGAAGUAUCCAGAAUUUCUUCUCAACUCGGCCAACAGAAUGAAUUCAAGCCUCCAAAGAUCUUUGGACCAUACUUAUUCACUGCCAAUCCUUAUCCUUGCCUAGAUAAUCAAUCAGGAGGAAGCUCGUUAAGCAAAGGUGCAGCAGCUGGAAUAGCAGCAGGUUGUGCUAUUGUUCUGCUUACGCUAAUUGGAAUGGGAAUAUAUGCAUUCAGACAGAAAAGAAGAGCAGAGAGAGCCACCGAAAUUAGCAAACCUUUUGCUGCUUGGGCAAGUACUAAAGGCGUCGAUGGAGUACCACAACUGAAAGGAGCCAGAUGGUUCACAUUUGAUGAGCUGACAAAGAUCACAAAUAACUUUGCAGAAAUGAACGAAAUCGGAGCAGGAGGUUACGGGAAGGUUUAUAAAGGACAGCUGACAAACGGGCAGGUAGUUGCCAUCAAGAGAGCGCAAGCAGGAUCCCUGCAAGGCGCUGCGGAGUUCAAGACUGAAAUUGAAUUGCUUUCAAGAGUUCACCACAAGAACCUUGUUGGACUUGUUGGCUUCUGUUUUGAGCAAGGGGAGCAAAUGCUAGUCUAUGAGUUCAUUUCAAAUGGAACACUAAGAGAGAAUUUGUCCGCAGAGAAUGGUAAGCAACAACUUGACUGGAUGAAGAGGUUGAAGAUUGCUCUAGGAUCAGCAAGAGGACUUGCGUACCUUCAUGAACUCGCUGAUCCUCCAAUAAUUCAUAGGGAUAUCAAGUCUGCAAAUAUCCUUCUCGACAAGCUCCUAAAUGCAAAGGUUGCAGACUUCGGACUCUCCAAACUAGUAUCUGAUGCAGAAAAAGGGCAUGUUUCCACCCAAGUCAAAGGAACAUUGGGGUAUUUGGACCCGGAGUAUUACAUGACUCAACUGCUGACGGAGAAGAGCGAUGUCUACAGCUACGGAGUGGUGAUGCUUGAAUUGAUAACCGGUAAGCCACCGCUCCACAAAGGCAAGUACAUUGUGCGUGAAGUGAGGCUAGCCUUGAACAUGAUGGGCGAAGAUCCAUACUGUGGCCUGGAGGACAUGGUUGACACUGUCAUUCGGAAUUCAGAAACCCUCAUCGCAUUCAAAAGCUUUGUUCAACUGGCCAUGCUCUGCGUGGAAGAAACAGGAGCACGCCGCCCAAAAAUGAACCAAGUCGUCAAGGAAAUCGAACUCAUGUUGCAGUCUGAUGGCUUUCAAAUUGAACCAGAAUCAGAACCUUCAUCGGCAACAGAUUUUUAUAGAGAAGCAGGAGUUGGUACUGCUCUACAUGGUCACCUGUACAAUGAUCAACAACUGCCAACAAAGGAAGCAAGCAGCAGUGGUUUUGACUACAGUGGUGCAUAUGCAUUAUCAACAAAGAUUGAACCCAAGUAGUAGCAAACAGGAAGUUUUUUUUUCUCAAUUUGAUUUGAUGUAUAUCCGUUUUGUUUGAGAAAUCAUAGCACAAACCACUCAUGAUUUCUAUAAAAACAGAUUCAAAACAUGAAAUCAGUAGGAUUUGGGUAUUUUAAAAAUAUGAAAGUUACAGCAUAAAACAGUUUGUGCAGAAAAUUUGAAGAA